GUUUCGCUAGGAUAGCUUGUUUCGCACGGUGGAUCGUAACGCUUUUAGAAUGUGUUCAUUUUCCACACAUGAAGCAGGUGGAGCAAUGUUAUCGUAGAGCAAUAUUGGUAGAAAAAAUUACGUGAUUCAGUAGAUUUGUGCAUAAUUAUAACCAUAGGCUAUUGUCAAUGUGAUAUAUUAUAUCAAAAUCAUGGCAGGGGUGUUUGAUAUAGAAUUACCUGAUGGAGAACUUGGUCAAGAUCUUUCUGACGAUGAUGCUAUCGAAAUAGAGGAGGGUGAUUAUGAUCAGGACCCCAAUGUUAAUGCUAUAAUUGAGUCAGAAGAUUUGGAGACAGUUCAUUUGUCAGAACAAAAUGUGAAUACUGGUAAGGAGAAGACUGGACCUCAGGAUUUUGAACUGCGCAAAGUUUUGGGAAAGGGUGGGUAUGGGAAAGUAUUUCAGGUACGCAAAGUUACUGGUCAAGAUACUGGAACCAUCUUUGCUAUGAAAGUUCUACGUAAAGCAUCAAUUGUACGCAACCAGAAGGACACAGCCCACACAAAAGCGGAGAGAAACAUCCUUGAAGCUGUAAAGCACCCUUUCAUCGUAGACCUGAUCUACGCAUUCCAGACAGGUGGAAAACUCUACUUAAUUCUGGAAUAUUUAAGUGGUGGUGAGCUAUUUAUGCACCUGGAACGUGAAGGAAUAUUUUUAGAAGAUACAGCUUGUUUCUACUUAUCAGAAAUAAUACUAGCACUUGAACAUUUACAUAUACAAGGCAUUAUUUAUAGGGAUUUGAAACCUGAGAAUAUACUAUUGGAUGCACAUGGACAUGUUAAACUAACAGAUUUUGGUUUGUGUAAAGAGCACAUCCAAGAAGGCAUAGUGACACACACAUUUUGUGGUACUAUUGAAUACAUGGCCCCAGAGAUCCUGACUCGUAGUGGGCAUGGCAAGGCUGUGGAUUGGUGGUCACUGGGUGCCCUUAUGUACGACAUGCUGACGGGUGCUCCGCCAUUCACAGCAGAUAACCGAAAGAAGACAAUAGAGAAGAUACUGAAAGGAAGGUUGAAUUUGCCACCGUAUCUCACACCAGAUGCUCGUGAUCUCAUACGCAAGCUGCUAAAAAGGCAAGUGGUCCAGAGGUUAGGUUCAGGUCCUAGUAAUGGAGAAGCUAUCAAAGUUCAUCCUUUCUUCAAGCAGAUGAACUGGGCUGAUGUCUUAGGUAGAAAAUUAGAGCCACCAUUCAAGCCUUCAUUGGCAGGAGAGGACGAUGUAUCACAGUUUGAUACCAAAUUCACAAAGCAAACUCCUAUAGACUCUCCUGAUGAAUCAACUCUCAGUGAGAGUGCAAAUCUUGUGUUCCAGGGGUUCACAUACGUGGCUCCAUCAGUUUUGGAGGAAAUGUACAAACCUCCACGUAUAGUGAAAGCUCGCUCUCCACGAAAAUCAGCCUAUCCCACACCUGCCACUACCCUGCGCUAUACGUUUAGUCCGCGGCAUCACCUGUCACCUGCUACUGGCUUUACUUUUGGUGGCCACAAUUUAGGGUCUACGCUUGAUAGUUCCAGUUGCCAAGAAGAAAUGAUGGAGGUUCAAGGACUACCUCAUGUAUACCAUGGUUAUAGUUCAGCUGCCAUAUGAUGAUCUCGAGCUUGUGUGUGGGAGUUGGACACACUGUGCAUGAUGGGUAGGGGAGUGUGUGGAAGCAUGCUGGAAGCUCAGGAGAUGAUGGAUGCUUCAGUUCAGACAUUUGUUAUGUUACAGAAGCAGAUACUCAUUCCGUUCUAUAUGUAUGAUAAUCGGGUGGCUUAGGAAUGAUAACACUGCCCUUUUACAUAAAAUAUCUGACAAUAGUAGCAUUUCUUUUGGCUGCUUCGCUGUGCUUCUUGCAUGGGAAUCUUUAUUUUAUUCACUUUCACUUUACAUGUUCCAAUUCUUCUUGCAUCCAUUCUUUACUGUCAUAACGGCCGAGCAAGUGAGUGGGAAAGUUACGAAGAUUGUCAUAUAGCAUGAAGGAGUCAUGAGCGUUGUAAAUGUUUGAAAUAUUUUAAAUGGUUGCUCCUACGUCAUACCGCCUAGAUUUCUGAAAUGUGAAUAUUGAUGUGUGAAUGUGAAUGUGAUGAUUAAAGAAGUCGUAUGUGAAUAAUGUUCACGCUUGUGAACAGUUUCUCCUUUACUGUUUCUGUACUCGCAGUUACUGCUCUGACGUAGUCGACGUAAAUCUUACCGGAUGUUCAGUAAAAUAUACAGAAUCUAAUGGGUAGAUAUCAGCACAAAUUUUAUGAACUCUUUUAUCGUAAUAUGUCAUUUCUGGUAUAUAAAAAAAAGUGAGCAUUGUGUGAUGGGAAUGAAGGUUUAUCCCUUUACGGUCUGAAUGAACGAUCCAGUCUGUAGAUGUAGAAUCGAAACAGAGUGAUUGAUUUUAAUACUGUUUACAAAUUUGUAUGACUUCUUGUUUGGUUAGGCAACUUCUUGGUAGAGACUGUUUUGAUGUCUGUUUCCCGACUGAAUGGGUUGUAUGUUGGUUUUCUUUAUUUUUAUUUUUCUGCGGGAUAAAUUCUGUAAUUUAAUAGUCAUGUACAUAUGCUGAAUUAGAUUGUGGAAUAAUGUAAUUUGAUAAAGAUUUAUGUUAAUCAGAGAGUUCUUUUACCAUGUUUGUGCGCUGGUAAAAUCUGUGGUCUUUCUGGAUAUUUAAUUCAUGUAAGGUAAUGAACCAAGAAGAUAUUUGUAUUGGUUUCAUUCUAUAUUGGAAAAAUUGUGAAUUGCUGAAUUAGAUGUUUAAUAGUGUGGAAUUUGGAAGUUAUAUGAGGGUUUAGGUUUGACAGCAUUGUAUUUGCUAAAAUAAAAUUCUCUCACAGUGCAAAUGUUGAUUAAGUAUGGAGUCAGAGUGAGCAUAGGUGUUUAUCACCUUAUUUGCGGAUAUUAUUUCCUCUCGUCUUCCCUAUCAACAAUUUUAACAUAAAACAAGAUAGGAAAUGUAUGUACAGCGUGAUUUCCAUGUUAUGCCUUUUGUUACAUUUCAGUAAAUACUGAGAGGCUUCAAAAUGUUCUGGUACUGGUAAUGAGAUGGGUAUAUUUUGUGUUUCUUCACAUUGUACAGUGAUGGCCAAAUACUUCAUACAGAAUGCGUCCUUGCCGUACCGAAUACUUUGUCAAUCUUGUUGUUUUAUUUAUCUGUAGUUACAGUAGAACUACACCACUUCUGACUCCAUAUUUUUUCAUUGUUUAAUAUUUAUAAUCAUAUAUGAAGUAUUGCGUCAUAGUUUAUGUUAACAUUAAGGGAUUUUUUUAAUACGUAGUGGGAUUUUUUUUCAGUCAAAUCAAAAAAAUAAGAGUAACCACAUAUAUAUAUAUGAUGUAAUGGUACCUUGAAAAUGGUUAUAGAAAGUUGUGUUCAUUUGAAAUUUAUAUUAGAAAGCCUAUUCUUACUUGUGCAUAUUUGUUAAAAAUGUUUACUGGUGAUUCUGUACGUGGUUUUUAUGCAGUAAUCAAAUUUGGAAAAUUUGUAUACAUGAGAUUAUUGGUAUACUUUCUUGGAACAUCGAUUAAUUCCACACAUGUUAUGUGUUGUAAGACCGAGUUCACUGCAAACUCCAAAGGAAUGAUUAAUUCAAAAUGGGAUAUACAAAUAAAGGCUAUUCUUCCUGUUUGAUUGAAUGGAUCAUCUAUGUAGCUCGAAGUCAAAUGUUACAUGAAAGCUAAAGCAGAGGAUUCCUAUAAAAAAUAGAAUGCCAAAACAUGCACAAAAAAAGAACUCGGUAUGUUUGAGAGAAAAAUGUAUUCUGUUGCUGAUAAUAUACUUUUACUGUACGCUGCAAAUCCAUUCAGUGAUCUUGAUCAGAUCAGACAUUAUGCUUUUAUGAAAUCUGGAUGAUCGUUAACAUGUUUAAAAAUGCCCCCACCAUUGAUCCAUAUCCUCAACCAAUUGAAUGUAAUUCAUACGUUCGCACAGUGUUUCUGUGAGAUUAAUUUUAAUGUUGUCACAGCUAUACCCAUAUACCCAAAAUGGUCCUUUUUUUCCUUUUCCAAAAUUUUCUGACCAAAAUUUUUUAAAUAUUUCUCAUUUCCCCCAUACAUGCUUCAUAUCCUAUCUGUCUCAUUCUUCUUGAGCUCAUUAAUGGAACUUACGUAAAUUUUACACAUGCCGCUGUUAUGGUCAUUUUCUGUGUAAAACCGUGGCAAGUUUUAUGAGAUUUGUUUCCUUCAGAACAUUUUUCACUUGCGGAGCAACGUCGUGAAGUAAAAGUGGCAGUUUCUGUUGAACUAUAGUUUUGUUUGCGUGACUGCCCAAAUAUUUAGAACAAUAUAAAGUUGUUUUUAGGCUUAUAUAAUGACAUAAAAAAUUUGGCAUUUAAUUAUAACGGAAAGUGAAAUAAAAUCCUUUUUCAGAUAAUAGUCGCAGAUAAAUGUGACCCUAUAAUUAAUUGCAUAUAGAGGUAUUGUAUGCAUUUUAAUUUCAUUUAGUGUGUUAGGUCUUCUGCAAUUAUGUCCGUAAUUUUCUGAAUGAGUAAGCAGGUGAAGGCACGGUCUGGUGCAGCGUAACGUAACAGAAAUAUAGAAGAGCUCCUUUUUUUAUCUCCCCCGCCCCCUCCCAAAUUGUUUCCGUAAAGUGACACAUUCAGGAUGUGCUGAGAAUGAAUGAGGGCACACUUCAAGUUGCUGGUUAGUUUUUUUUUCUUCAAAUUUUGGGUAGUGUCAUGUGGUAAACAUGCAGGAUUUUCCCCAAAUUUUAAUGAUAUGGGACCACAAAAGAUUCUGCCUAUUGAAAUUAAAUAUCCUGCAUGUGGCCAUCUUGUAGUAUGAGAAUGAAGAAUUUAAAGAAUACAGAAAUUUGGUUCUCUGGAAAUGAGGUGUGUGUCUUUUAAAAUAUUUGUUGAAUUUAUUAUCAAGAUGGUGGAUGUACUGUACUUAACUUUGUGUGGCACCACUGAUGAGCCAAAAUUUAUUAUACAACACGCAGACAUAUCCUUCCUUCUCCCUGCCCAUUUUGGAAAGAGUCUUACCUAAGACUGGUCACUGAAUCAAAUUGCAGCUUAUUGUAAAUUUAUGAGGUAUGCUAUAUGUUAUAUAUGAUAAUUAGUUGUACUGCAGUUAGAAAAGAAGAAGUAGCCAUUUUUUUAAACACAAAAGAACUCUUUGUAAUCCUUAUAAAGACACUUGUAGUAUAAACCCAUGGCUGUAGUCAGAAAAAUAAUAUGAGUUAUGGAUUUUUUUUAAUAUUUUCUAAAUAUCAGUGUUUUUGACUGUAGUAGUGUUGUGUUUGAUUAAUUGUUUAUGUUUAAUAUAAUAAUUGAGCAAUGUGUUUUGAAGCAUUGGUUUUUGAUAACUACAGCCAUGAACAGAGAACCAGUGAGGUGGACGGUGAUUUCAGACGUUAAUACUUGCUAUCAGAAAUCACAUCUCAGCACUGGGGAGCUUGGUUUUAAUAUUGAUAUGAAUUGUCAUAAUUUCUGAGAUUUCACUUAAGAGAUUCAAAGAACCCAGGAUGUUGAAGAAGGUAUUUAUUUUGUGGUGCAAUAUAGAAAGUUGUAUUUACUUUA